AUGUCCUUUCCACUGCCAAGUGGUCCGCAUCCAGCCCCAGUGGAAGAUGCGCUUGUGGAAAGCAGCCUGAAAAUGCCUGAUCUUUCGACUCGAAAUCUCGCCAGAGCCAGGACACGACCCGGCACCUCUUCCCGAAUGGCCGCUGAUACCCUACUUAGUCUCUGCAGACCCGUCUUGUCAGAGUUUACAAGUACAGUGCCUCUUGACGACACGUUCAACAUAUCCCAGCUCACAAACGAUUUGCAGUUUCCUCUGCUUCCUCAACUGAAGUCGGCCUACGUGCGUGUCGACAUUUCAAUCUCGACAGACUCAGAAUUCUUCUUAUCUGAAGAAAAACGGUCAACAGUCUGGCCCGCAUUCAGACCGUGGAGGACUGCCUCCCAGACCUUAAGCAACAACGAUAGUGGCCUGAUCGUCAAGGUCAGGGGUCUUGUGCCGGUUCUCCGUCCAGUAUACACCACGUCACGCCCCAGUGGAGAGUUGGCGACUUUACAAUUCCCGAGGACAAAGAUGAAUUGGCCCUACUUAUAA